AUGGAGAGUUCAGAAGAUGAUGCGGGCACCGCAACAAACGCUUCCCGCCGCCCAUCGGCGCGGGAAAAAGACGUCGGACAAGCUGAGGACGUUUGUGCAACUGGUACUUUCCAGCAAGAAUCAUCUGAAGCACGAGCAUCUUGCGAAACCCCCGCGAUGUCGGAGGAAAAUUUUGAUGGCGAUAGCGUUCCUUCGCCAUCGACGCAAGACGUCAACACUAGCACAGAAGCAAUCCUUGACAUGAUUGACGAGAUUGUAGAUGGACCUGGGGCUCCAAAGAGACUUCCGCUAACACUUCAAAAUGUAAAGAACGUAUCGCGAUGUGUGUCUGUUGACCGCGUAGACGAUCAAAUUCAAACAUCUAGUGGGAAACAAGAAGCCAAGCAAGCUCUAAUAACAGAACCUGAUGUAACUGUGAAAUCGAAGGACGAUUUAUGUUCAGAGGAUAUUGAGGCCAGUGCACAAAGCACACCCAAGAAAAAUGAAUCAAUAAAACCAAUUAAUGUGUUAGAAGAAAGCUGUCAUAUGCUUCCAAAUAAGAUUUAUGAAUCUACAAGUUCUCAACAACCAGCAAAAUUAAGUUCAGUGGUGCCACAGAGUAGCCCACAACCUAAUAUUCCUUCCAGCAGUGUAGUGCAAACAGACCAAAGUAUUUCUGAUAGGAAUGCAGUUCAAUCAUGUGAACGGACAGUGAAAUGUGUAACAUCAAGUGAUAAUCAAGACAAUAUUGUAGCGAGUGCGGAAUGUACAUCAAGUGACAGUAGUUUAAGUGAAGAUAGAGUACCCGUUCCAGAAAAUGUAACAAGAUCGCCAUUAAGGCGACGCCUAGUAAGGCCGGCGCCUAGUGAUCGCCGACCUGACUCUACUGUUUCAUCAACAGUAGAUUUACAAAGUAUUAAAAUUUUAGUUCAUGAACAGUCAAGUAGUGAGAGUGUUGUCAAAGAUGUGUCCAGUUCGUCAGAUGCAGUGGCACCUGUACAUGGUUAUGUUAAGCCACAUGAGAUUAGAAAUGUAAGUGAAGUUAGUAUCUGCAAAGCAGAAACAUCCAUGAGUCCUGUUAAAAAAAUUAAACUUAUUAGACAAAAAGUUAUCCCACAAGUUAGCUAUAGAGAUGAUUUACUCAAUCAACAGUCAUCUUUUGAAAAAGAUCAGUGUCAAUCAACCUCUGAAACCCUUUCUACUGAAUCUUAUUCGGCAUCUACAAAUUUAAUAAGUACAUCAAAGUCGAACUUAGAUAAUGAAGUUGUGGGUGUGAGCAAUAACAUAAAUCUUGAUACUGCCACAAUCACGCCUAGUGUAUCAAAUUUAUCUGCUUCAAAUGAAACAGCAAAAAUUGAAUUAGAGCAACCAAGCCAAUGUUCAAGUGACAUACAUUCAAGUGAAAAUAGUUCAAAGGACAAGGAUCUGAAAAAAAGUCCUCCUAUCAAGCCUAGUAUUUCUGCUACAAAUGAAAUGGAAUCACAUGCAGAAUCAAGCACAAAACAUUCUGAAGCGAAAAGUGACAACAGCUGUAGCAGUAUUUCCUAUGAAGAGUCUGACUCCACAAAACAGGUACCAAAACUAACUAUUAAACUAGGCAAUAAACAGUCUGAGGAAAGUAGAUCCCCUGUACCAAAAGUAACCAUAAAACCAAUAAGAGUACCUGUAGAAGAAAAUGAAGGCAAUAAAUUUGACAGCCUGGAACAAAUACCCAGUGUUACUAAAUUAAAUAUAAAACCAAUUCCUAAAAGACCAGAGAAAAUUAAUGAUAUACAUCGAAAAUCUAGCAGCAGUGAAAUAUCUGAAUCAGAAUAUUCUGAAAAUGAUGAAAGUACCAGUACAUCUGAUCAAGCAUCAACGUCUGAUCAAGGACCAACAGAUGUUGUGCCAAAAGUUACUAUUAAACUUGGUAAAAUUGGUACUGACACGGAGGGACAGUUCUAUACUGAAAAAAAUAUUCCAAAACUUACAAUCAAAGGUAUUCAGCAAAAUGAAAAUGAAGAACAAGACUGUCCUGCAAAUCAUAAACUAGUUGUUAGUCAACCUGAAGACAAGCAAACUGAGAAGGUACCUAAACUAACAAUAAAAACAGUGGCUAAGUCUGAUGGCCAGCCUCUUAGUCCUAAACUUACAAUAAAACCUCUAAAGCUACCUGAUUCUAUUAAUAAAGAAAGCACUAGUGAAUACACAGAGAAUCAACAAAUACCUAAACUAAAAAUAUCCACGGAUACUUUUUCAUCUAGCAUAGAGGGGAAGGAUUGUGCUCAUGUACCCAAAAUCACAAUAAAAUCUGUAUUGAAAACAGAAACCACGAAAAAAUCUGGUGGAGUAAAUGAAAACUAUGAUCAAAUACCUAAAGUAACAAAGCUGAAUAUAAAACCAAUAAUUAAACCUAUAGAAAGCAGUGAAAUAACAGAAAUUUUGGAUGAUUCAGUUCCUGUAGUUUCAAAAUUAAAUAUUAAGCCUUUAAUUAAACCUAAAGAUAUAGAUAUAGAUUCUAACAGAGAAGAUUUACCUAAAAUUACAAAAUUAAAUAUUAAGCCGUUAAAAAACCCAGAGUGUAAAUCGUCAGAAGAAAAAGACUGUGAUUCAAAAGAUGACAUAGAUGAAAAAAGUAUACCUGUUGUUACUAAACUUAAUAUUAAGCGUAUAAUUAAGCCUCUAGAUGAUGAUGUUUUAAAAGACGAGAAUUCUGAAAAUCAAUCUUCAGAAACUGGAAAUUCAAGUGAUGAUAAUACAGAUCACAUACCGGUUGUUACGAAAUUGAAUAUUAAACCAAUAUUGAGACCAACAGAUAUUGAUGAUUCUAAACCCGGCAUAUCAAAUGAAGGAAGUAUACCUACUGUAACAAAAAUUAAUAUUAAACCUAUAUUGAAACCAGAAGAUAAUGUUUCUACUUUAUCACCAAAAAAAGAAAGCCUACGAAGUGCAGAUCACAAAAAUUCUUUCACACCCGUUGUAACGAAAUUAAAUAUUAAGCCAGUUUUGAAGCCAGAGGAUGCAUUUAAAAAUGAUGAUGAAAUUGAAGAUGUGACUCUGAAAAAUCCACCAUUACUUAUGAAAUUUAAUAUGAAAACUGUAGACACAUGCAGUAACGAGAGAAUCAUGAUUAAUUCAGAUAAUAAUGGUAGUUGUGAGCGAAUAGAAAUUACACCAGUGGGUAAAAAUCACCCUGAAAUGAUUUUUCAAGAAAACUCUGAAUCACAUGAUUUUAAUAUACCUGCUGAAGAAAUAUCCCGAGACCCCCUGGAAGUGGAAAGUUUGAAGGCACCCCCUGCUGUGCAUAUUGAGAAUUUUAACAUUCCUUCUAAACCUACACCACCACUUAUGGUGUCCACACCGCAACCAAAAAAGCGUGGUCGUCCAAGAAAAAUUCCACUAUCUGAAGGCGCUAAAGUUAUCUUACCCACACCUGCACUUGAAGAACGGCCUCAAAGAUCGUUACGUUUGUCAAGGGAUAGACCUACGAUAUUGACGAAACCGAGAGGGAGAGGACGUGGGCGUGGGGCGAAACGGCUUGAUACUUCUAAUCCAGUGACACAAACAAUGAUGAGUGCAGCUAACAAAUUCUUCGAGGAUCAAAAAGUUGGUGAAGCUAUAGAUCCCACAAGUUCCAGAAUAAAACUCCCCAGGAUGACGGAGGCGUUGGAUAACAUGCCCUGCUCAACACCGCUAAGCAGUAGAAGACGGAAUUCAUCAGUAGGAGAAUUGAAGAUUUUCAGUGAUGCUGCAGAGCUGAAAGUUGUGCUUGAUAGUACUCUACCUAAUUUGGAGGAUUCAUUUUUAAAGACUCCAGAGGUUGGAGAAGGAAGGGGUAGAAGAUCGCGAGGCGGUCGUGGAAGCAGAGGGGGCCGGGGUCGCGGUGCCGGAAGAAGUCCCCGAGGCAGGGGUCGAGGUCGUGGCGGCGGCCGAGGAGCAAUGUACAUGAAGGAAACCAUGGGCAUUUAUGGCCGUGUUUGUGGGCCAGCUACAACAACAGUACACCUAUUUGAAGAAGAGACAUGUAUGAUGGACGACAAUGCCACACCUGCUAAGCCAUCACAUUUACUUGAUGAAGAUUCACAAAGUUCUGUAAAGAGCUCAACAAAUGAGAGCAGCAAAACGAAAAAAUCAAAGUUUGCUGAUUUAUUUGAUAGUAAAAAAGUAUGGAUGGCUUCAGAUGUUAAGGAGUAUAUGUGGCCACCACCUGAAAAGCCAGAUACAGAACACCAGGUUAUGAUGAUUCAAGAACAAGUUGCUAUGUUUCUUGGUAUUAAGAGCUUUAAACGUCGGUAUCCGGAAUUGAAAAGACGGACAAUAAGUGGUGAGGAAAGGGACUAUGUUUUAAGUAAGGGACUUGUCACAGAAGCCCUUUGUGAUCUUGGCAUUACGGCAGUAGAUGCAAGUGAAGUCCUAGACAUUAUGCUUUCGGAUUAUCCCCACAAAUACGAAGAGUACCGAUCACAUCAAUGUCGUAAGCAACUGACUGAACCGCAAGAAGAGCCGGUAGUAGAAGAAAUAAAAACCGAAGUGAAGGCGGAAAAGGUGGAAGUUAAGCCUGAACAAAAACCAGUAGAGCAUAAAGUUGAACCACCGAAAGUUGACCCAGAGAAAACUAGACAGGACAUGGCGGCGGCGGCGAUCGCGUCGGCGAGCGAGUGGAACGCGCGGCUGAACGCGCUGCGGCGGCCCGCGUGCGCCGACCUGCAGUCGCUGACGCUGCUGCGACGGCGCGCGCCCCCGCCCGCGCCGCCCCCGCCCCGCGUGCGCCCCCCGCACGGCUUCUACCCGCUGGCGCUGCUGCCCGGCCAGUACCAGCACUGCUACCGCGUCUACAGCUCCGACCAGCUCAGAUAUUUCCCUCUGAACACGGCGCUGGCCGCACCUCCGGCUGUGGCCUCCGCCGAGUCCAGCUCCGAAUCGGAACCGGACUGGGCAGAACGCUCCUCGUCAGCGGAAUCUGACGCUGACACUCAUCCGGCCAAGCGUAAAAAACUGACGAAGACGAAACGAAGCAGCCAACCAGAAGUUACGAUGAAAGAAGAGACGCAGGAAGGCGAGGUGGACACUUGUCGAGUCUGCAAGCUGCGGCUCGAAGCGAAUCGCAAAUACACGCACGAGAGGUUCCUCGUCUGCUCUAAUUGUAACGCUAAGCUGCACCCCGGGUGCGUGGAGCUCGGGCCGGACACGAUCCGCAAGUGCCGCGAGUACCCGUGGCAGUGCGCCGAGUGCAAGAGCUGCUGCGCCUGCCGGCUGCCGGCGGACGACGACAAGAUGCUCUUCUGCGACCUCUGCGACCGCGGCUUCCACAUCUACUGCGUCGGCCUGCAGCACGUGCCGAGCGGGCGCUGGCACUGCGCCGAGUGCGCGGUGUGCAAGUCGUGCGGCGCGCACGACCCGGCCGGGCCGGCGGGCGCCAGCGCGUGCGGCGGCGCGCCCCCCGAGUGGCACCACCAGACGCGCCGCGGCCCCGGCGGCCACAAGGUCUACUCGCACUCGCUGUGCACGCCCUGCGCCAGGGCGUAUCGCAUCGGUCGCUACUGCCCGCUGUGCGAGCGCUCCUUCAUCGGGCCUAAGGGGACUAUGCAGCUCGUCAUAUGUAAACUCUGCGAUAGGCAACUGCAUCAAGAUUGCGUUAGGCCGACGGUGGCCAGCCUCAACGUGAUGGACUACACGUGCGGCGACUGCCGGCGCGGCGGGAUCACGUCGCGCGCGGCCGCCGUCCGCCUCGCGCCGCGCACCAUCGCCACGCUGUUCAUGGCGAAGCGGCGCUUCAACAAGUACGCGCACCGCCAGUACAUGCAGAGCCGCAUGCAGGCGGCGCCCAAGCCGUCGGACAGCUCCAACGACGUGGCCGACGAGGCGACCGAGGACGCGGCCGAAGCGUGCGAGCGCCCCCACCGGCCGGACGACGCGUCCGACGCCUCGGACGCCGCCGAGGAGACCCACGACCCGCUCGACGUCGGCGACGCCUCCCACGAGCCCCACGAGCCGGCCCAA